AUGACAGAACCACAACCACCCUACGUCGCCAUCGCGCAGCGCAAACAGGCCCAGCUCGACUCUCUGAUACCGCCAGAAUGGAAGCUGCCAGCGCAGUUCAUUCCGCCUGGGAUGCGGCUCUCGCCCGCAGACUCCAUCACGAAGAUCGAUGAAUACCGGAAAGACAAGGUCAACUUAAUGGAGAUCCCGCGAAAGUGUGGCCUAUUAACGGCAAAAGAGUUGGAGAUUACAGGGAAGUGGGAUGUCAGAGGGCUUUUAGCGGAGAUAGCUUCUGGAAGACUGAGUGCGGAGGAGGUUACGAGGGCGUUCUGUAAGCGCGCUGCUAUCGCUCAACAGCUAACACGAUGCCUGACAGAGCCUCUCUUCGCGAGUGCUUUAGAACGAGCAAAGAAACUGGACGACCAUUUCCGACGCACCGGCAAGCCCAUUGGACCACUGCAUGGUCUCCCCGUCACCGUCAAAGACAGCUUCUUCAUUAAAGGAGUUGACUCAAGUAUUGGCAUCGCAGCCCUCGCAUUCAAACCGGCCACGCAGAACGCCCCUCUUGUCGAGCUGCUGCUCUCGCUCGGGGCAGUUAUCAUCUCCAAAACCAACAUACCUCAAACAAUGGCCUUCCUCGACAGUUGCAACAAUCUUUUUGGCCGCACGCUCAGCCCGCUGAACCGUCAACUGACUGCUGGAGGAAGCUCCGGCGGUGAAGGUGUCGUCGUGGCGAUGCGAGGGUCGAUGGUCGGGUUCGGCACUGACAUUGGCGGCAGCAUCCGCAUUCCCGCCAUGUGCAACGGUAUUUACGGCUUCAAGCCCAGCGUCGGCCGGGUUCCUUUCGGCGGACAAGAGAGCGGCCAUCCCGCUGGCAAGGGUCGUGCCAGUCUGCAGGCCUCUGCAGGACCUCUGGCACGGUCUGUUGCCGAUUUGGAUGCCGUUCUGAAGGAAAUUGUCCCUCGAGCAGAGCUUUUCGGAGAGGAUUGCAUUCCGGGAAAAUGGGAAAGUGAGACGCCAUCACUGCCAGAGAGCAAACCACGCAAAUUUACCAUCGGCAUCCUCCGCUCCGAUGGCCUAAUGGAGCCACUGCCACCGGUCGCCAAGGUACUGGACGAAGUGGCGCAGACGCUGAGACGAACAGAGGGCAUCCAAGUGAUAGAGGUACCCACUCCUGUAUCGAUGCGGAAAUGCCAGACUGUCGCGGGCCGGUUAAUGGAUGUCGACGGAAGCUCGCAUAUGUUGGAUCUGCUAGAAAAGACCUCUGAACCCCUCAUGCCCUGGCUUCAAGGGAGGAUGGCUAGACGGCCGCCGUUGACAGUCGACCAGCUGUAUCAGCUUCACGCACAACGAGCCCAACUGGAAGAUGAAAUGCGCCAGAUGUGGACUAUCUCACCAUCACCUUCUUCACCAAAGAGCGACAACGAGAAUGGGCGAUCUCGAACAAUUGACGCAAUCAUCUGUCCCGUCGCACCGCAUCCGGUACCAGAAAUUGAUCGCUGGAACGGCGUCUCAUACACGUCGACUUUUGUCCUUUUGGACUAUCCGGCAGGCGUCAUUCCAGUGCGAACGGUAACGGAAUCCGAUUUACAACUGGAGCUAGACGAUGAAAAGAAAAAGAAAGUCUUAGGAAGUUGGGAUAAGAGGAAUCGAGAGCUAUGGGACGAAAAAACUGUUGAUAGACGUGUUUACCUAAACUCGCCACUCAGCGUGCAGGUUAUCACUCCAAAACAGCAUGAUUACGAUCUCAUCAGGGCGAUGGAGGUAAUCGAUAAAGCUAUACGGGGGGAGAGGGAAUCGAAGGAUAAGGCGAAGUUCUAUCCAUCAGACAAGUAUAAUAGUUAA